ACACACACACACACACACACACUAUCAAAACAAUUAUUUUGAUAUAUAUUCGUCAUUUAUAUAUUUCAUUCCACGUUUGCCCACAUGGCCAGCCAGAAUGAUUUAUUUUUAACCUUUCUUCUUCCUCUCUCCCUCUCAAGGGAAUAAUACCACAUCUUCCUUCCCUACAUUUCUGCCAGUCCUUAGAGAAAGCACCUGCAUCGCCUGUUCCUGUCGUCCUCCCUGGUCAUUAGUCAAAAUAACGACCGCCGUCAUUGGUUCCUUCAUCCCAUUUCCAAGCAUCUCAUUGGCCAUUUCUUCAUCCCAUGUACAUUCUUCAUGUACGCGUAGCUAGAUCGUCAGUCUUCGGAGAGUCAGUCUUCCGAGAGUCUUCAGAGAGAGUCAGACUUGAUCAGUUCACAUUCAGUCCAGUUCAUAUCAGUUCAGAGAGGAGCACAUCGGUAUCGUCACGUCUGUAAUCAAUUGUGUCUCGAUAUCAUGUGUGUACAUUCUAUCCAUUAUUAAAUCUAGAACUUUUAUAGAAUGUCCUUUGCUCGCACAAAUCAACAAUAUCAAACCACUACCCACGACCUCCACGCUACCAACAAUAUCAAGCUACUACGCGGUCCUCCAGAGCAGCCACCACCACACCAAGCAUCAUCAACAGAGACAUUGAUAAUUUCAACGGAGCGGUAAGAAGUACAUCAUCAAAACAGUGUGGUCAACAUCAUCUGGAACACUGGUGACAACAAGUGGCCAAAAUUUACGGAAACAGUGGUAGCAACGGUGUUGUGCGAUCGAAGACACGAACUCUCGACUUUCUCAAAAUCCAGUACAUGCUGAGACAAGAGUAUCAUAUCCCAUCGCAGGCAAGUUGCGAGGCGUUGUCAUUUCCUACCACGCUCAAAUCGUGGGUUACCACACUCUCCACGUGCUAUCUUCCCUGCCGCUUCUGCCUCUUCUCCGCUCCUGACUCAUCCCCGUGGUCACACCUGUCUGCCAUCAAACCUGUCGCCGCCUAUUCCUACUCAUCACGCCGCUCCUCUUUGCUGGUUGCCGUUCAUGCUUCUUCCUGAAUUGUGGGUAUCCCUUGGUUCCUUCUCCGAGCCACCCCCACCUCUCCCAUCCGAGUACUCGAGGUCAAGCCUCAUCGCCACCACCACUCCCCACCCAGCCCUUCUCAAUGCCCGGACUCACCCAAGGUCAUCUUUCCAAGUUUGCUCCCAGCAGUGAUCUUCCCAGUCAUCAGGGGCCAGAUCCACGAAACGGUUAUUAUCAACCUCCGGCAGCCAAAUGGUAUCCACGAACGCAUAAGAGGUUGGUGUUGCCAUGGUACAAGGUAGUUACACCACCUCCUGAGGUGGUGUAAGUUAACUCGCCCGAAAACUCUUAUUUAAAUAUUUAUGUGCACAAAAUAACUUUUCUUUUUAUUAUUAUUUACAAGCUUUAUCACCAAGAAAGUAUGGUUUUGCGAUGCAUAAAGUGAAAUCUUGCAUGGAACACUGAAAACGAAGCAUGAAAAGGAAGAGGCUGAUUUGCCCCACACGUGCGCGCUCCCCAUUCCGCCUCGCAGCAAUAAGUUUGUAUUGUGAUUAAGUAUUGUUUUCGUCGCUUCUCCUGCAUAUAUUGGAUAUUUUCUUUGCAUACUUCCACGUUCGUGCCUUGAGGCGAGAAAGGCGCUUUUGGAAUCGCCUUGAUUCCUUGGCAUUGAGUGAUAAUGAGCUGAUGCUCAAAUACCACUUCCCUAGGCAGUUGCCAGUGGGUCCUUCCAAAACGUCAUUGGAGACACUGCAGGACUUACGCAAGUGUCAGCAGGGUCUUCGAGUGUGUGUGCAUUGUGUUGAGUGAUAAGUCGGUGCAGGAAAUCAAGAUGCCUUCAACACACCUUGAUCAAAGGAGAACUGCACAGCAGUUCUUCAGGAUCAAAAAUUUCUUAAGAGUUAUUGGGACCAUUGAUGGCACCCACAUUGCCAUCAAGGCCCGAAGAGUGGACGAGGCCCUCUACUUUAACUGGAAAAGCUAUCACUCCCUCUGAAAAUCCAACUUGUUUGUGAUGUGAAUGGAGUGAUCCUCAGCUACUGCUUCAGAUUCCCAGUUGCCUUGGAAAGUGCAUUCCUGGCUGAGUGUGGUGCGUGUGCCUGCUACUCGUGUGGUGGUGCUGCUGCUGCGUGAAGCCUCUGCCGUGGGAACCCACCACAAAUAGCUAAUGGAUUCUGUAUGACGGGAUCAGCAGCAGACAGAAUUGCAGUGAUGUAUUAACAUGCCUAGGGACAGCCUUGGGGGCAUCCAUUACUGGCAGAAGCCCGAGUGUGCUGAGUGACGGGGCGGCAUGACCUUGCACAUCAGAGGGUCAGGCAGUGCAGUGCAGACUCCAAGGCUCCCCAAGUGUACAGCAUUGUUGUGUGUGUGGAUGGGGUGUGUGUGCCAGACUCCUCACACUCUGUAUUGGGCCUUUGUUGGAGGCGUCCCCUGUGAUAUAGUGGACGACAACCUGGAGCUCUGUGACACACUGACAAGGGAGAAGGUUACUUGUCGCUCCAAGGCUAAGCUGGUCGGCCCCAUGAAUGUCACUGUCUGCGUUACCGGAAGAGGCGCGUCUGAAGUGACCAAGAUAGGAAGUGAUGUGCUGAGUUGGGCAGGAAUAUGAGAUGUAAGCAUUGGUGACCACUCAUGCUUGCCCACCCCGCUGAUUGACAACCUUGGUGAACUUUGGAUUUUUUUUAAAGCCAUCACUAGCAGACCUCUUGGGUGGUUUCCAAGACCCCAGCUUGGCCUUCAAGACACUUAACCAUACCAGGGUCUUCCUCCAGCAGCUCACCAGAAUAUAACUGGAUAACUUGCCUGCUGCCAGCACCUCCAGGCCUCUAGAGGUUGUGGCACCACAGCCUGCACAGCCCCUCAAAUCCCCAACAAGAACAAGAACACAACAGGGUAGUGGGAGUGAUGGCUUCAAGACACACUGCCACUGUACAGGGCAGCUGUUACUCUUGUACAUCAUGUGCUGCUUACAAGACUGUGCCUAAAAAUCUGAGAGGAAAAAGUAAAAGCUCACAGGACUGGUUGACGAGACAGCUAAAUGACCCUUAUGUGAAGUUGACCAAGCAACAUCAGCGCAGGCAUUGUCCAUGAUGCUUCCUUUGUUGUGGUUCCAUCAUGGCAGGCAUGGAAGUGCCUCUCACUGCAUCACCGCCUCAUGAUCAUUGAGAGCAUGGACACAGACACUGAGGCCCUAGUGGGUACGUGGACCUCCUCAAUGGACAGAUGGACAGAGGCUGGUGUGCUGGCUACAUGUAUCAGGAGCAAAUCUCAACCUUCUUCUCCGUUGUGGCAUCAGGGAUGACAUAUGAGAUGGCCAUGACCAGCAUGCCCCUUCAGGUGCUGCGUCUGCACCUGCCACACAGUCCAUCCUCUGAGGCCGUUGUCCUGCUCAUCUUCCCAAAGCCUCAGCGUUAUGACACCUAUGUGGAUGGUGUCUUUGUUCCCCCAGCCAACCUCAACACCUCUGCAGCCGGCUACAAGCUGUUGCCUGAGAACCCCACCCAUCCUCAGGCUUUCCUUCCCAUGUUGGACAAUGCAAUGGGGACCAGCUUCUUCCAGCGCAGUGCUAAGUUGGUCCAUGUGGUGCUGUGCGAAGGCCACAUCCUUGACAUCAAGACCACACCCAUGAUCACCCUCACCAGUGGCCUCAUGGUGAAGGAAGAUGAGUUUUAUGAGCAGAACGUGGUGUUGAAUCUGGCCAGCCUGUUUGAGGUAUCCCCAGACAACAUCAGGGUCAUCAGUGUUAUGCAGGAGCUCUCCAAGAGACAGCAGGGAAGGCUGGAGGCUGAAGUGGCCAGCGCUCACACUACAAGCCUGAAUGGUGAGGAGGAGGAGGGAGCAAUUGGUGGGGAGGUGAUUCCCUACAAGAAGCUGGUGCAGAGUCUUGAGAAGGCCGUCAAUAGAUUCCAGGAUGGAUCAUGCAGCAACUGUGCCUCUCUCUCUUGGUGAGUGACCCCAUUGAGCCACCACCCAAGGAAGCCCCUCCAAAGGCCACAGAGGAGGAAGGCAGUGUUGUCAUUCUGGAUGCCAAGUUGUUCUACAAGCAGCAGGAGAAGGAGGUGGCAGAGAAGAUCAAGGAAAG